AUGGGUCUUUCGAUAAAUACGACGUGUAAUGCGACGCUGGACGAUUUGCGGAUUGGGCGCUCCGAGGUUCAUAUUGCUGGGAGCAUGACCUUUCAUACGUUGGGAUUGAUAAUAGCGGCAGCAUGCGCCUUGAUUGCUAUUUUGUUAUCCUUCUAUUUGAUAUGGAUGCAUGCGAUCCAUUAUACGAAACCGUACGAGCAGAGACAUAUUAUUAGAAUCCUGUUCAUGGUCCCAGUCUACGCCGCUGCAGCUUUCCUCUCCUUCUGGUAUUACUGGCACGCCAUAUACUUCCAGGUCAUAUCCGAUUGCUACGAAGCGUUCGCCAUCGCUUCCUUCUUUGCGCUGCUGUGCCACUACAUCGCGCCCGAUCUCCACGAACAGAAGAUGUACUUCCGUAGCAUACAACCGAAGAAAUGGGUUUUGCCUGUGAACUGGUUUGCUUCUUGUUGUGGUGGAGAGAGGGGUCCUUGGAGAACGCCUAGAAGUGGGUUGACUUGGUUCAAUAUCAUCUGGACGGGCAUCUACCAAUAUUGCUUUAUUCGCGUCACCAUGACCGUCACGGCUGUGGUCACGCAGUAUUUUAACAAGUACUGCGAAUCAUCGAAUUCUCCCGUCUUUGCGCAUAUCUGGAUCCUGGUUAUUGAAGGUGUAGCAGUUUCGAUUGCCAUGUACUGUGUGAUCCAGUUCUACUUCCAGCUUCGUGUUGAUUUGAGGCCUCAUAGUCCUCUCCUCAAGGUUAUAGCUAUCAAGUUGGUCAUUUUCUUGUCGUUUUGGCAAAGUUUCCUGAUCAGCAUUCUCACGUCGACGACUUUCAAUGUAGUCAAGCCAACAGCUAAAGUCGCAUACCCGGAUCUCAAGGUUGGGAUUCCAUCAUUACUAUUGUGUAUUGAGAUGGCAAUGUUCGCCGUCUUGCAUUUGUUUGCGUUUCCCUGGAAGCCAUAUCAACACCCGAAAAACACGGAGUAUCCGAUGUCGCCCAUCAAAAACGAGAUUGGUCCCAAGCAAGGAGGGUUCUUGGGUAUCAUGGCUCUUGUUGAUGCUAUGAAUCCAUGGGAUUUGGUCAAGGGCUUUGCACGAGGAAUGAGAUGGUUAUUCGUCGGCCGCAAGCACAGAGAAAAUGAUCCAUCGUACAAGAUGAACAUGAACAACGAGAACGAUAUGGCAUUAGAGCCAACUAUUAGUGCUGAAGGAUACAAGAGGACCGAAAGUCUGCCUAUUGCAGAAGAGUUUAGGAGAAGCAAAUUCGGUCUGCCCAAGUUCCAGACUAACGAUAACAACAACAAAAUCUACGAUGAAGGAGCAGGUCUGAUUGAGAAUGCUCAACCGAAUCCAUUGAAUCCUGGAGGAUAUGUUCCAGCACGUCAAAGAUACGAUGCAAAUGGGCAAGAUAUCAGCGCCGGAGGUCAACGAUACGACGACCCACCACUGGACUCGAAUCCCGACCGCCUAGUGGGCCACAACCCAACACCGGGCACUGUAAGAAAGCAAGAACAUCCCCGAUUACAAGGCCAAGACAUAGGAAUGGCUAUGACCUCGCCACCAGAACCAUACCAAAGUCAUGCGUCUGAAGAUCCAGAACCAUACCAGAGCCACGUUAUCCAACAACCAUACGCUCAACCACAAACGUCCGCGGACGCAUACAGAGAACAACUAAGACAACAGCGAGCACAGGCCCAAGGUCGAAGACCAUCAGAACAGGAGCAGCGGGAGAACUCAAAUCAACCAAUGGCUAUGAACGAGCCUGAGCCUGCUGCUGGACAUCCAGCUAUACAUAACGCUCUCUGGGGUCAAAGACCACCACCGCCUCAACCUCAAGAGCAGCAUCACAACCCGAAUCAAUUCUGA